GACAUUGGACGGUCGAGAUGGACGUGCUCGACGACUGCGAGGUCGCGCUCAAGGCCGGUGGCAGCGGGCAAGAGACCGCCGUCAACGACAUCCUUGACCUGCUCAGCGCUCCGGCCGAAGGAGCGCCGGACGCCGUGAAGAGCCGCGCGGCGCAGAUCCUCGCUGCAAACUUCAACGAGGUCGCCGACAUGGCCGAUCGCAUCGUCGAGACGCUCGUGGGCGUGGGCGCGGCAGGUGCCAAGCACGCGACGUCCGUGCGCAUCCAUACAAUCGUGAGCUUGUCCAACAUCGUCAAACAUGCGGCCGAGCCCUUGGCGCCGUCGGUCCUCGAGCGGAUCCGCGAGUUUGCGAGCGCGACGCUUUCGACGGAAACCAGCGGCGUCAUCAUGCGCCACCUCACAGGCUUGACCAAACUUGUCGGGAGUCCAAGCACAACCAAGGCCAAAGCCGCUUCUACCUCGCCCAAGCAGGUGGUCCAGGUCGCUUCCUUGCCCAAGCAGGUGGUCCAGGUCGCUUCUUCGCCCAAGCAGGUGGUCCAGGUCGCUUCCUCACCCAAGCAGGAGACCCAAGUCGCUUCUUCGCCCGAGCAGGAGGUCCAGGUCGCUUCCUCGCCCGAGCAGGAGGUCCAGGUCGCUUCCUCGCCCAAACAGGAGGUCCAGGUCGCACAGGCUUCCUCCCCGUCCCCGCCCCGUCCCGCGGACGCGUCGCUCCGUGAAGCGAGUAGCUGCCGCGACACGGUAGACAGCACGGCGCAGCGCGACGUUAUGGACGCACGGCGCGAGAAGUUUCGCCUCGAAGAGAAGCGUCGCCAGGAAAGCCGCAAAGAGCUGGCCGUGCCGCCGACGCCGUACCUGUACAUUCGCCACUUUCCACAUGACGCGACGUCGUCGAUGUUUGCCGCGUACUUCAACUGCGUGGACCCGAACAUGACGGCGCGCGACGUGGUGCUGCACACGUCCAACGGCGCCCGCCACGCGUUUGUCAAGUUUGACUCGAUCGAGCUCGCGACGAAAGCGAUCGAGCUCACGGCCGAGAAGGUCUUUGACGAGAGCUUCUGGCUGCCGGUGGCCUAUGCGCGCGGCCCGAUUGUGUCGACCGUGGACUUGCACAUCCACGGCAGCACCUUCCCGACCGAUUGGACCAAGCACAGCUCGCUGUGGGCGCAUACGGUUGCGUACUUUACACGCAGGCACGGCAGUAGCAAGAGCAGUACGUGGGCCGUCCGGUCGCCCGGCGUCCUCUGGUUUGCAUCGAAAUCGAUCACGCAGUACCUGGUCCUCAAGGGCGUCGAGAUUGACGGCACGCAGCUCGUGGCAGUCUACAACGUAGCCGACCAGCGCCGCGGCGACGCACGCGCAGGUGGUUGA